AUGCCCCUCUUACACACCCUGCGACACUGUAGGCAAGAUGUCUCACUUCCGAAACCAACAUGCGACCGCCGCCACACUGCUGCCACACUGCCACUCGGUAUAAGGGUUUCGCCGAGAUUCAGCCGGGACAGCACCGCAUUCCUCGUCAUCUGUCAUCCUUCUGCGCCCCUCAAUCUGCAUCUUACCGCCUUGCCCACCAACGCGGUCCGCACAUUGGUCGUCACCCGCAAUGUCCACUUCUCCGACCUCAAUGACGACUUCCCCCUCCUUCACAGCAUCACUGUUUAUCUGGACCAAGCGGUCUAUCAUGAGCUCCCAAUCGACCCGUCCACUGCGGUCACCCCGCAACCGGAUCAAGUCACUUUCUACAUCUCCACACUCGUCCACGGAGAUAACGUACUCUACUGUUAUCACCGCUCAGCUCCUGGGUCCAGCAUCAAGCCCGGAGCUGCCCGAGCGGGAUCACCGGUCAAGUCCCGCCUGUUGUCAAAGGCAGAAGGCGUUCGGUGGCAUGAUUGCGUCGACCGUGACGGGACCAAGGUCCCGCUGGAGGUCAUCGCGGAGAUGCUGCGGGCAGCUGGGGUGGGGGCGGAAGAGUGGGAACGGCGAGGCGUCGAGGUGGGAGACGACGCAUGGGCGGUGUAUGAGGUCGAGCAAAUCUACCAUGACCGAACCGAGCGGGGAUGGGAGGGGGUGAGGAACAAUACUGGGAAAGAGGGAUCUCAGCUUCAUACCCUGUGCGCCGCGUAUGUGUAUCCCUUCUCGGUGUGGGUGCGGCAGCGGGGCGAGGGCGAGGGAAGACUGGGUCCGCGGCAGGCUUAUGAUGGGGGAGGUACCUCGAUCCCGGUUUUUGCCGAGGAGUAUCGGCUACCCGAAGAACUGGUCCACCAUCUCAGUGACUAUCUCGAUAAGUCCUCUCUUAUCAGAUUCGGCUCUACCUGCCGCCAGUUCACUCCUCAACUGGACCAUCGGCUCUGGGUAGACCUCAAUCUCUACCUCCCACCGCGCUACGGAGACGUCCCGGCCGUGCGCGUGCCUAUCGAGGCGGAUGGUCCGCUAGGGCAGCUUUCCAAGGCGGCCAAGGAGAUCAGCUACACCCGCGAGGCGACCCUCACGCACCUCAUCGGGAAGCGGAUAGCGAAGGGGAGGAGCAGGGAUUGGGCGAACGUGAAGACGCUCAGGAUACAGCCAGAGCGUGGCUCGGCUCAGGCGUUGGUCCAGGUGCUGGGGCUCGUGCAGGGAAAUCUGGAGAUGUUGGAGAUCCUGGGCUUGGGGAGUCGUUUCCCUACCGACGCACCGUACAUCCUCAAGCGCGGUACGCUGCAAGAGAAGAUGAUCGGUAGUCAUCUCAGCUUCACCCGCAUCACACACGUUGUCAUCCGGCCCGGGGCGGUCUGGUCCGGCGACAUCUGUCUGCGCUUGUGCGAAGCAGCGCCCGCGCUCAUCGCGCUCAAUGUCGAGCUCGGAUGUCACGGCAUGUCGCCGGGGAUAUCUACGACCGGAACGCAAUUCCCACCCACCAUGAUGACUCGGAUCGAACGGCUACGGUUUAGCCUCUGCGGAUCAGACGGCUCCGAGGACCCAGAAGCUGUCCGCGUCGUCAGGGAGAUCGUCCGAGUCAGCCCGGACCUUCGUCAGGUCAUCCUUCCCUUCCGGGGGUAUCAGAAGCAGGCAAAUGAGGGUCUGCUUGAGGCUCUCGCCGACCACGAGUCGUUGCAGGAACUUUCGACCGCCAAAUCCUAUGCCCAGAUGUGCAAGAAUUGUACUACGACUACUCGUCCAUCAACACUCCGGCCAAGCCCAUUGCCACUGGCGAGGACCAGGCGACUGCAGAAGACCUUCUUUGAGGAUUGGCCUGUACAUUGCGACCACGAUCUCUUUGAACGGUUGGACGGGGUCGAAGGCUCAGGCGACCUCACCGGUACCGUAUGGUCCUACGAUCGCGGCGAUCGCGGCGACGACCAGGACGAGCUGCUGCACGUCCGACUGCUCACCGACUUCGUCGAGACCGCGGACGUUCUCUGGCCGGUCGACCCGGCUCAACUUUCGCUCGGAGAUCACGUUUUCGGAUACGCUCAAGUGCACGUCGGCGGAGUAAAUACCAGGGCAAAGAUCUACAGGGAAUCUCCCAACCAGAUCUGGCAUCACUAUACUCUGUACAAAUCAUCGAAUGUGCCUCUGGACAUCAUUGAGGAGAUGCGGAUCGUGCAGGGGAUGAGCAGAGAUGAAUGGGAGCAUCGGUAUGUGGAUGUUGGAGAGGAGGCGUGGGCGGUUCUGGACAAGUGGUAUCAGCGGUACUUGAUGGAUGCGCAGACCUGA